AAAAGAAACUCUAUGUCUGCAUCGUGUUUAUUACUCUGUCCUUCGGUGACAAACAACAGUGGCCCUUAGAUUUGUUGGACCAACUAAGGUUUUUCUUUAUACAGGGGAAGACCGUGUUUCUCAAUCAUCGAUUCGUUUUUGCUCAUUUAUUAUUUACAAUAAAUCCAACACAUACUCUCCCACGAAGCGCGUAUACAUGAAGAAGACUUUCAUGGCAAUAUUUUAUUUUAAUCGACAUGCAACCCCACUCUAAAAUCUUCCACAAUAAUGUUUCCAACAAAACUUGAUUACUAUGCAUUCAUUUCAAAAUUCUACUAUACAAAAUAAAGCAACAUUUAUUUUCGUGAAUAAUGUAGGGUAUGAAAGUGUAGACAAUAAGGAACAUAUUUUUUCCACAAAAAUUGAAAUAUUAAUUCGUGUACAUUUCUACAAUUGUAUAAUACGAUGUAUUUUGAAGCAAUUAAGAUUUAUAGUAAAAUCUGGAUAUAUGUAAGUGAGAUAAGGACUCAAAAAUUGCAUGCUAGUGAUAAUGUAUUUAUUCCAAACAUGUAUCGAAUCGUAUGAAACAGAUUCGAAGCUUCAAAUCAUUGAAAAUGUUCGCAGUUUCGAACCUGGUAAACACUAUUUAAUUGUUUCGAAACUCACGAUGCCAGAGAUUACAAAGUUCGGAAAGUAUUGACCUAGCAUAAAGUUUGUAAACUAUUGACCCUAUGAAACCCUGAAAAGUAUUGUCCGACUCCAACCUCGCAAAAGUAUUGGCCGAUUCAAAACUUGAUCGAUUCUGAGAUCCAUAUGGAAUCGAUAACUUUUUGUAGUAAUUACAAUUACAAUUCAAGCUUUUUUAAUACUUUUCACGAUUUUUCAAGUAUUUGCGAUAAUCUGACAAAAAUAUAUUUUAGACAAAAGCUGAUCAGUUUUCGAUUAACUGUACAUUGCAAUAGAAAAAAGUUCAAAAUUUUUUUUACUUUUACUAUUGGCGGGGCCACCAUCAUUUUUUAAAAUGGCACUUUGUAUUUCUGACAAUUUCGUUAAAGGAGUGAUAAUAACUUGUGUUUAUGAUUAAGACUCGAAAUUACAUUCAAUUCAGGAAUCUUGACUAAAUUAACAUAAACGAUUUCGUGAAAAAGUUACAGCAAAUGUUCGAAUUGAAGUUCAUGUUUUUGUAGGCACAAUUCCGCUCUACGUAGUAAGUUGUUUGCAUUAGUUGCUCUUACGAACUGUCGACAAUUCAAACAUUGAUGCAAGGGCUGAUUUUCGCGCUGUUCACCUUGGCCGGCGGAGCCGUCUAUUUCGCGACAUCUUUGGAACGUGAAACGAAGUUUUUCGUCGAAAUACCAUGUUGACGAGUUGGUACAUAGCCGAUAGUUUCGUUUGCUUUUACGUAUUCUGCGGAACGUAUCAGCUGUUCGGUGACAGUUUGCCAGCCGUAGCAGAGUGUCGAGGUUUAUUGUUUGGGAAGCAAUAUGGCUAUCUGGUGAUUAGUAACAGUGCGAUACGCAGACAAAGAAGCAACGCAGUUCUCAUGAUCAUUGGAGACGCGUUGUACGUUCCGUUCUAGUUUAUUUAAGUAAAAAGCCAGGGAAAAAUCGGUAGAAUGUUGGAGCUGGAGGUAGUGCCCGAGAGAUCCCUCGGCUGCGAGCAGUGGGAAUUUAUUUUAGGUAUGCAUUUUUCUCAAUCAGUUUCGAUAAUACAAUCUCAAGUGGGCAUUAUAAGGGGAGUACAAGUACUUUAUAGCGAUAGUAAUCCUUUAGAUGUAGAUUUAGUAAUAAACUUACCUCACGACGGUGUACGGCUUAUAUUUGACCCAGUGGUGCAAAGGCUCAAAAUAAUUGAAAUUUAUAAUAUGAAAUUAGUCAAACUUAAAUACUGCGGUCUGCCGUUCAAUUCGCCGGAAGUUUUGCCAUCUAUUGAACAAAUUGAACACUCGUUUGGAGCAACUCAUCCUGGUGUUUACGAUAGCGACAAACAAGUGUUUGUUUUAAAUUUUCGUGGAUUGUCAUUUUAUUUUCCCAUUGACUCGAAGUUCCAACCUGGAUAUGCGCAUGGCUUAGGAUCAUUGCAAUUUCCAAAUGGGACCUCCCCCCUUGUAGCUAAAACAGCUAUAUACAUUGGUAAUAUGGCUAGCGGAAGUGGAACAGACGAGCAUAACUUGAAAGCACCUCCACCACCUUUACCGCUCGUCUGCUAUCACAACAAUUUGUAUUUAGAGAAGGUAGAUGUUAUGCGGGAUAAAGCGCGCACUCGAGGUCUGAGAUUGCAUCUUUUCACAGAAGGUAGCUCUGUAACUAGGGUAUUACUGGAGCCAAGGAAACGCUGCUUGACCAAAGAGGUGUUAUUUGGCGAUACUUGUGAAGAUGUGUUGAGCGCUUUGGGUGCACCAUCUCGGGUGUUUUUCAAAGCCGAGGACAAGAUGCGCAUUCAUAGUCCUCACGCGCACAAACGUGAUAAAAUAAGGCGAUCGGAUUUCUUCUAUAACUAUUUCACUUUAGGAUUGGACAUUUUAUUCGAUGCCAAAACCCAAUGUGUUAAGAAAUUUGUGUUACACACAAAUUACCCAGGGCAUUAUAAUUUUAAUAUGUAUCAUCGUUGCGAAUUCUCUUUAUCUUUACCACCUGAAAAUAAUUCCACUGAAUCGGGAAAACUCAUAGAUGUUUCCCCUUCUCCAGUUAUGAUCACUGCCUAUACAAAGUGGGAUAGAAUAAGCGAGCAGCUGAAGGCUAGUGCACGACCAGUGGUCUUGAAUCGUGCGUCUUCAACGAAUACUACAAAUCCAUUUGGAUGUACGUUUUGUUAUGGUAUACGCGAUGCGAUCGUUGAGGUCAUGGCAAAUCAACACAUUGCAAGUGUAACUUUAUACCGAGCUGCGUGACCUUGGUAAUUUACUAAUAUGGUGCAUUAUAAAACGCUUUCGAACGAGCAAACUGAGGAAUGGCAUUAGAAUGAUAAAAAAAAAAUAAAAAAAUGAGAAAGUUUUAAUGUUGGCAAUUGCAUAAUAACAUCUACUCGAAAAGACUAUGUGAUUAUAAACAGAAGUGUUAAGAGUAAUGCAUGUAAAACACCGACGGAGGUUUUUUUAACACUAAUGUAAUCUGAAAACGGAAGAAUGCUAGGUAAAAUAAUGUAUGAUUACUGAGGAGCAGCGUGGUGUGAGGCUCAUAAACCAAGCGAUAUCAUUUUGAAUAUCACAUAUUGUUGCUUGUAACAUUUUACAUUUUUCCUUGGAGUUAUCUAUCGAGGAAAUGAAACCGAAAAAAAACGAAAAAAUGAAAAACCCAAAAAGAAAUCAACUAAGGGGUACAACUGUCUGCAAUAUUCGAUAAUAUCAUAUUUACUAUACCGUUUUUAUCUUUUGGUUAUAAGUUUUAACUAUAGUUAAACAAAAAAAAAAAAAAAAAUAAUGGUUUUGUGUGAGCAAUCAAUACUACAAUAUCUGAGCUCUGUAAAAAAAAAAGGGGGAAGUAGUUCCAGAGGAUAAUACAAAUUUUGAUAGCUGAUGAUAAAUCUACAGUGAUUAUAAUAAUAACGAUUAAUAAUCGUAAAAUAUAAUAAUGUGCUUAGUGCAAGUAAUAAAAAGAUAUCUAACUUUCGUAAAGCAAAAUUUUGUAACCCGUGUUUCGAGUAACAAAUAAUGAAAAUAAACGAAUGGAGCAAAAAUAACGUUUGAAUAUAGAUAUCACACAUCAUAAUACGCACGAUAUGCGUAUGAACGGUAUUACCCAUUCAGUCUGUAUAGAAUUAAACGUAAAAAUGUGAGUUAUAGUAUCUUAAAUAUACCUUAUGUUAAUUUCUUAACAAACAUAGUAAUGAAUUCUCUCUUGAAAAAAGUGUUGGGACGAUGUAAACGUCUGUAGAGGAUAAAGUAUGUUUGUCUGUACAAGAGUAAUUAAACAGAUGGCCUGCUUUUUACACUCCCAUCUAUUAAACUCUGAACAUUGUGAUAUGCCAGAUCAUAAGGCCCAUUAAUUGUAUUGGUUACUUGUUUGCAUUAACACAAAAAAAAAAAACGAUGUUUAGUUAAUAAUUUACUUUCUUAUAUUUCUCUCUGUGCCGUUACGUAAUAUUGCGGUAUAAAUAUAUUCGCAAAACCCGAUUAGUCGUUAAUGUUUUAUUAUAUAAAUGUAACAUUGAAUUCCUCUAUAAAUCUGCUGGAAAGCAGCUACUCACGGAAAGUUUCUUUCUCUACAAAUCUGAAUUCACUUCGAUGUUAAAUUGCACAAUCGUAUACCCUAUUCCGAACUGUUCUCAUUAAUUAUAGGGUAUAAAAAAAAAAUAUGUUUUAUGUAUCGUAUAAACUUCGAUAGUUGAUAAAUUACAAUGAUUGUAAGAUCUGUAACGAAUAAUAAUCGUAAAAUAUAAUAACGAUGACCGUUGAAUGGACAUGUGAAGUAUGAACGAUAAUUGCUUUAAUUAACACUUUUAUCUGCACAGCCUUGCGAUAGUUUUAUUUUCCUAUUCGAUCGAUUAGGGAAAUUUGACAUCUACGUUCACGAAAAAAUUUUUUACAAAUUCUAACGCUUUUAUUGGGUACAAAUCAUUCUUUAUUUCGAAUUCGAAUGCAAACUGAUCUCAUUGCGUCAAGACUCGCGAUUCGAAAACGAAAUAAGGGAAUAAACGGUGAUCGAAAAAAGUGUUAAUUGAUGCGUAAUUGUAGAAAAUUGGGAGACGCAGACGGCGCUUCGCAAUUAGAAAAUUGCGCCUGUCCUUGUUUCUCAAAAUCCUAUUUCGAUGGAAUACCUCCUAUUUUGUGAUGCUACGGUAAACUGAUUUUGCGUGAAAAUUAUUUUAAAGUAAAUAUAUAGAGCAUAGAAUCUUUCGAGGAAAUUUCACCAAAUUGUGUUAUAUCGUGUUUUUCUUCGUAUUUUUCAUUAUGAUUGAUGUAACAAAAAAAUGGAUCAAAAAGAAAACUUAAAUUAUUAAGUUAGUGAAACGAUAAGGGAUUAUAUUCUCUAUAUAAUUAUUUCUAAUAAUACUCACCGACAAAACUCUAUUUAAUUUAUACGAAAAAAAUAGUUUUGUAUCGAAUGGAUUAUAAAAUCGUGUAAAACAAUUUUCUAUAAAUCAUUUCUUUCGCAGCUCUGACUUCAAUAAUCCUCGUGAAAAAUUUUAUUAUCUGAUUGGCGAGAUUACUCGCGGUUGAUUGAAACGAUAU